GACCAGAGAAGGAGCCAAGAUGGCGGAGCCUUCCAGAGAUCCUCCGCCCGCUCUGAGCGCGGACUUCAUGAGCUUCUCCCCCAGAGACGCCGCCUCGCGCUGGCUGGCGUGUUCCGACCUGCAGCAGGAGGUGUACCGCCACCUGGCUGAGUAUGUGCCCCGCAUCCUGUGCCAGGGGGGCGGCGUGGCGGAGCAGCGGGAGGAGCAGCGGGAGGAGCAGCGGGAGGAGCUGGCUCUCCAGCUGCUGAUCCUCGCCCCCCUGGAGUGGCUCCUGCUGGGGGAGGAGCCGGCGGCCGGCCUGGCGCUGCUGCAGCAGGGCGGGGGGGCGGCGGCGCUCUGUGGACACGUCUUCAAGGUGGGGGAGCCCACCUACUCCUGCAGGGAGUGUGCGGCCGACCCGACCUGUGUUCUGUGCAUGCAGUGCUUCCUGGCCAGCGCCCACCGCCACCAUCGCUACCGGAUGACCACGUCAGGAGGCGGAGGCUUCUGCGAUUGUGGAGACACUGAGGCCUGGAAGACCGGUCCGUCCUGCCAGAACCACACGCCUACCGACCAGAACCGGGAGACCGAGGAGGACCCGGUCUCUCUGCUGCCCCCUGCCGUGGAGGAAAGGAGCUACAGCAUCUUCUCCAUCAUCCUGCAGUACGCCGUCGACCUGCUGACCUGGGAGCAGGACCAGCUGCCUGCAGGCCUAGGCCGCCGUAGGCAGCGGAGCGACAGCUACUACUGCAUGCUGUUCAAUGAUGAAAUCCACACCUAUGAGCAGGUCAUCUACACGUUGCAGAAAGCCGUCAACUGCAGCCAGAAGGACGCCGUCAGCUUCGCCACCACCGUGGACAGAGACGGCAGGAAGUCGGUCCGGUUCGGAGACCAUCAGUUCUGUGAACAGGCGAAGGCCGUCAUUGUGAGAAGCACCAGCCGGCAGUCGAAGCCCCUGCGGGUCCAGGUGAUGCACUCGGCGCUGGUGGCUCAUCAGUGCUUCGCUCUGAAGGCGCUCAGCUGGCUGGGCCAGAUCAUCCAGUACUCUGAUGGCCUGAGGCGGAUCUUGUGCCAGGUGGGGCUACGACCCGGUCCGGAGGGCGAGAACUCCUCACUGGUGGACCGCCUGAUGCUCAACGACUCCAAGAUGUGGAAAGGAGCCCGGAACGUUUACCACCAGCUGUUCAUGAACAGUCUGCUGAUGGACCGCAAGUUCAAGAAGCUGUUCGCCAUCCGGUUCGCCAAGAACUAUGAGCGCUUGCAGAGCGACUUCAUCAGAGACGACCACGACAGGCAGUUCUCCGUCACCGACCUGUCGGUGCAGAUCUUCACUGUUCCCUCGCUGGCCCGGAUGCUGAUGGUGGAGGAGAACCUGAUGAUGACCAUUAUCAGAACCUUUGUGGAUCAGCUUCGCCACCGCGACGCUCAAGGCCGCUUCCAGUUUGACCACUACACCGCCCAGCAGGCCUUCAAGUUCGGCCGGGUCCAGAGCCUCAUCGGAGACCUGAAGUACGUCCUGAUCUCCCCGCCGCCGCAGUGGAGCCAGCAGCUCAGAACCAAGUUCCUGGACGGUUUCGAAGCCUUUCUGGACCUGCUCAGGUGCAUGCAGGGCAUGGACCCAGUGGUGAGACAGGUGGGCCAACACAUCGAGAUGGAGCCGGAGUGGGAGGCGGCCUUCACCCUGCAGAUGAAGCUGACGCACAUCAUCACCAUGAUGCAGGAGUGGUGCAGCACUGACGAGCACGUUCUGAUCGAGGCGUAUAAGAAGUGUCUGAGCGCGCUCAGUCAGUGCCAGGGUGGCCUGCCGGACAGCGAGCAGCCAAUCAGCUUGAGCCUGGCGGGUCACACCGUGGACACGUUCAGGUACCAGGUGUCCCAGGAGAAGGUGUCCAUCCACCUGCCCGUGUGCAGGCUGUUAGCAGGACUCCAUGUUCUCCUCAGCAGGACCAAGGUGGCGUCACGACUCCCUGAGCAGCUGCCCCUGGGGGAGCUCAGCCCUCACCAGCUGAUAGAGUUGCCGCUGCGCUGCCUGGUGCUCUGUGCCCAGGUGCAUGCUGGGAUGUGGAGGAGGAACGGCUUCUCUCUGAUCAACCAGAUCUACUAUUACCACAACGUCAAGUGCAGAGUGGAGAUGUUCGACAAGGACCUGGCCAUGCUUCAGGUCGGUGCCUCCAUGAUGGAUCCAAACCAUUUCCUGAUGAUUGUUCUGAGCCGCUUCGAACUCUUCCACACCUUCAGCGCUGCCGACUUGCGGAGGAGAUACAGGGAGGCCAACAAGGACCUGGCCCAGCAGAACACGCUGAUAGAGGAGAUGCUGCACCUCAUUAUCAUGGUGGUAGGUGAGCGCUACGUUCCGGGCGUCGGCCAGGUGGAGCCGCUGGAUGAGGUGAGGAGGGAGAUCCUCCACCAGCUGUGCAUCAGACCCAUGGCUCAUAGCGAGCUGGUCAAGGCUCUGCCUGAGAACGGCAACAAGGAGACGGGUCUUGAGAGAGUCAUUGAGAGCGUUGCGUUAUUCAGGAAGCCAGGUGACGGGCGGGGCCUGUAUGAGCUGCGUCCUGAGUGGUCCAAACACUUCGACCUGUACUUCCAUCACUACAGCCGGGCAGAUCAGUCGAAGGCCGAGGAGGCUCAGAGGAAGCUGAGGAGGCAGAACGGCGAGGACACAGCCCUGCCCCCGCCCCGGCCGCCCCCCCUCUGCCCGCUGUUCGGCAGCCUGGUCAACCUGCUGCAGUGCGACGCGCUGCUGGCACUAGAGGGCGCCGUGCUGCAGUGGGCCGCGGAGCCCAGCGGAGGAGGCUGGACCGAGUCCAUGCUGCAGAGGGUGCUGCACCUGGUUGCCAUGGCGCUGCUGGAGGAGCAGCAGCAGCUGGAGAGCGGCGGCGGAGACGAAGACAUCUCCUUCACCUUUCAGCAGCAAGAUCACACGUCCAGUGAGACUCCCAGCACCUCCGGAAGCAUCCUGGCUCUGCUGGAGAGCCUGCAGAGCGCCCCUCACCUGGAGGUCCACAAGGACAUGAUCACCUGGAUCCUCAAGGUAGCUGCUCCAGUGGCUGCUCCAGUGGCUGCUCCAGUGGCUGAACUGGUUCCCAGUGAGUCAAUGGUGAAGGACAAGGCGGAGAGGAAAAGGAAGGCGGAGAUGGCGCGGCUCCGCAGGGAGAAGGUCAUGGCCCAGAUGUCUGAGAUGCAGAAACUCAUCAACGAGAACAAGGAGCUGUUCCAGCAGAGCAUGGAGGAGCUGGAGGCCGCCGCCGCCGAGCCCAGUCCUCGCAGGUCGGAGCCCACCUGUGCCGCUCAGAUCUGCCUGGGCCCCUGCCGGUCGGGAGGGGCCGAGCGCCGCCAGCUGGUCACCUGCAUCCUGUGUCAGGAGGAGCAGGAGGUCAGAGGUCACGGCAGAGCCAUGGUGCUGGCAGCAUUCAUCCAGAGAUCCACCGUGCUGUCCAAGAACCGCAGCCGCGCCCUCCCCGACAACGCCGACCCGCUCUUCAUGCACCCUGACCUCUCGGUGGGCGUACACACCGCCAGCUGCGGACACAUCAUGCACGCCACCUGCUGGCAGAGGUACUUUGAGGCGGUGCAGCAGAAGGAGCAGCGGCGGCAGCAGCGGCUCAGAGGUCACACCAGCUACGACGUGGAGAACGGGGAAUUCCUGUGUCCGCUGUGCGAGUGUCUGAGCAACACCGUCAUCCCCCUGCUGCCUCACGCCUGCUCACCUGACCGCAGUGUGGAGCAUCCAUGUCUAGAGACCUGGCUGAAGAGAACCACUCAGCAGGCAGCAGCACUAGACUCCACCCACAGGAAGCAGUCAUAUGGUGCAGCCCAGCAGGUGGAGCUGGAGUUUCUUGACGGGUUCAGGGUCGGCUUUGUUCCACAGAAUCCGUUCUCCAGCGGCGUCAGCGAGAUGAUCAACACUUUCAGCAUGUCGGCCUACAAGAUCGGCCUCAAGGUCAACCCCAACGAGCAGGACCCCCGAGUCCCGGUGCUGAGCUGGUCCACCUGCGCCUACACUAUACAGAGCAUAGAGCGCCUCCUGAUGGAUGACAAGAAGCCGUUGUUUGGGAGCUUACCUUGCCGACAGGAUGACUGUCUGAGUUCUCACCGGUUCAGUUCAGCCUGCUGGACCACCGCUCCGAUCAGAACCGUUCAGAACCAUUUCAUCAGGCUGCUGUCGGUGCUGGUUCUGGUUCCGGACUCCCAGCUGGAGGACACUCCCUGCAUCCUGGACGUGGACAUGUUCCACCUCCUGGUGUACAGCGUCUUGUCCUACAACUCUCUGCACAGUCUGGACCAAUCAGGACAAAGCUCUGUGGAUUCAGCUCACCUUCACCUGCUUCACCUGGUCACUUUGGCUCACCUGGUUCAGGUGCUGCUCACCUUCAGCGCCGGUAGGGAAGGACAUUCAGACAGAGACGGCUCGUCCUGUGGUGUCCAGGUGAGCUGAGUAGAUCAGGACGGCGAGGACUCAGAGGAGGAGCGGCUCACCUGUCAGCUGUACGGCAGACUGAGGGAUCUCCUGGGCAGGUGUUUACCUGACGUGCCCUCUGGGUGGCGACUAUGGAGGUGUGUCCGAGCCGGCGUCCUGCCCUUCCUCCGCACCGCAGCCCUCUUCUUCCACUACAUGAACUCUGCGUCGCCCCCUGCUGACCUGCUGGGUACUGGACCUGGCCAGUGGGAGGCGCUGUGUAGCUACCUCAGUCUGCCCUCCAAUCUGCUGCUGCUGUACCAGAAACACCGUACACUGCUGGAACCGCUAAUCCACAGGUGGUGCUGCCAUCCAGGUGUGAGCCAGGUGCUCCAUGGGGGCGGAGUCUUGGUGCGGUUCCCCAGAGAGUCCAACAGGUUGAUCGAUCUGCCAGAAGACUACAGCAUCCUGAUCAACCAGGCCUCCAGCUUCACGUGUCCGCGGUCCGGUGGGGAUAAGUCUCGCGCCCCCACGCUCUGCCUGGUUUGUGGCUGCAUGCUGUGCUCUCAGAGCUACUGCUGCCAGACGGAGGGGGGAGAAGACGUCGGCGCCUGCACCGCCCACACCUUCACUUGUGGGGCGGGCGUUGGCCUAUUCCUCAGGGUCAGGGAGAGCCAGGUGUUGUUUGUUGCAGGUAAAACUAAGGGCUGCUUCUAUCCCCCACCGUACCUGGACGACUAUGGAGAAACCGACCCUGGCCUCAAGCGGGGGAAUCCGCUCCACCUUUCCUCGGAACGCUACCAGAAGAUUGAGCGUCUGUGGCGGCAGCACGGCAUUGCUGAGGUCAUAGGUCACGCUCAGGAGGCCAAUCAGACGCUGGUCGCCAUCGACUGGCAGCACCUGUGACCGCGGACUAGCCCCGCCCACUAACGAACCUCUUUGAACCAAUCAGCUCGCUGCAGCUGCAGCCUGAGGUCGGAGCAGCUUUCAGGGAUUUUUUAGUGUGUUUGGAUUCUGACCUUUGACCUCUUACUGUCAACCCUACCCCCUCAGUCAGCAAAUCAGAGAUCACCUGAUUGGCUGGAGGUCAAGUGACCUCUGUCAGGUGUACGUUGCAUUUUGAUGGACUGGGUCUCCAUGGCAACACAGGGGAGAGUAAUCAGAUUACUCAGACGUCGUCACGAAAACCGUGUCUCCAUGGCAACCAGGUCGACGAGCCGAAUCUGAUCGGGUUUUAUUCACUUCCGCUUUAAUGUGUUAUUUAACGAGCCGAGAGCGUAUGACAUCACUUCCUGUUUGUGUGUUUGGGGAAGCGGAGUGUCGGAACCGGACCAGAAACGGACCGGGUCCGGCUGACGCUGCGCCCCGGUAACGUCACUUUAACCUGUAGAACAGAACCAAUAAAACGGGCUUUAAAGAA